AUGUCAUACUACGGUGCUGAUUUCAGGCCAAUCUUUGCUUACUUGUCUGACAAGAACAAAGACAGAAAGGCAAACGCUGAGGAGGUCAAGUCUGCUCUGACGCGAGGCAUUCAGACCCAGGCCUCAAACAUCACAACGUCGAAUGGUGAAUCGACAGCUGACUACUUUGUCGAGUCUGUAGAUCAUACUCAUGAUGGUACAACCACCAGUAUUGGCAUCCCGACGACAAUCUCGGUCCAGCCCUCUGGAGGCUACCAGUGGCAGCCAAUGAGACUUUCUACAGCGGGUCACGACAGUGUCAUGGCGUUGCUUAAGAGCAAGGUCCGACAGGAUUUGGAAGCCGAGUCAGAACUGAACAAGCAAAGAAGGAUCAUCCGUGAUGCGAUUGACGAAGGCGAAGUAGCUCAAUCGUCAAGUCCAUCUGGAGAAGCAAAUCCGUUCGCUGAUCCGUCGGAAGACCUGUUCAUGGACGAAACAGAUUACGACCAUGAUGCAAAUUCUUUCCCACACCGAGCUGAAUUUCUCGGCGAUUCGACCAAAGCAGCAAAGCUCGUGAACGUUGUCGUGGCGGAAUACCUCUCGGAGCAUCCAGAAGAAGUCAGACCUCGUCAAGGGAUCUCUGCUGCGUUUCGGUCGUUCACAUCGCGACCUUCGGAGAUUGUGACUCUGGAUGGACGGACAGUCUCUAUUGCUUUCACUCAAAGCCACUAA